AUGAGUGAUCGUGAAGAAGAAGAGAUCCUCGAUGAGAAUCCUAAAGAAGAGCAGGAAGAGGAGUAUUACGAAGAUAUGCAAGAAGGCGAGCAUCUUGCACCUGAUCAUCCUCUUAUGAGGAAUCUGCAAGGAGCCCUUAAGAGCCAACUUUCUGCUGAGCUCGAGCGCCUGAAUCUUCAACUUCGCGAAAAAGAAGAAACCCUCAAAAAAUUUCGCAGAGAUCGUGAAGACGUUGGUGUGCAGCUAUACGGGGUGCAGCAACAGCUUGCCAAGAUGCAAAUGAACUAUGAAAGAACUCGUGACAACUACAACAUUAUCAAAAAAUAUCGCGAAGAAAGUGACGAGCAGCUGGACGUCUUGCAAAACGACUGGGACAAAAAGAAAAAAGAAGUUGAAGACCAAGCCAAAAAGGUCAACAAAGCCCAAGACGAGCUCAAUCAAAUUAACCGAACACUUAGGCAGGUAGAAGAGUAUAACGAGCAAAUGAAAAGCGAAAUCGCUCAAGGCAGGAGGAUGACCUAUAAGGCUGAAGAAGCUGUAGUGAGGCUGGAAAAGGAGAAAAAAGGCCAAGAUGUUUUGAUCGACCAUAUGAAUGAAGAAAUCAAAAGGCUUGGCGAGCAGAAAAAUCUUUUAGAAGCCCAAUUGAGAUCUCAAAGAGAACAAACUGAGACUGCCACAGAAACAUUAAAAGACGCAAACGAGCAGUUAGAUAAGAUCAACUUGAGCAAAAAAGACUUAAUGGCUGACUGGAGAGAUUACUUGAGAGGAAUGCAAAGGAGAGAUGAAACCUUGCAAGCAAUUCAAAGUGAAAUCCAAAAGCAAAGAGAGCAAGAAUCCAACUUAGACUCAGAGCUCAGAGGAUACCAGCAGCUAUUCAAGCAAGAAACUGAAAAUUAUGACAAACUUCUUCAACAGAUGGAUAGCACAAAAAAUGAACUUGGCCUCUUGAAGAAGAAUUUAGAAAACUUCGAAAACCAGAAAAAAUACUUACUCCCCCAUCCUUGAUCGAACGACUCGCUACCGUUCGAUCAAGGAUGGGGGUUAAAAAAAUUUUUUUGGGAAAAAAAUUUUAAUUUAUAAAAUAAAAAUAUAUAUAUAUAUAUUUUUUAUUUGCUUUUAAAUAAGAGGGUUAAGAGUAUUUAAUAAUUAUUUUUACAGCAAAAAUUGAAUUACUUUCAUAAAAAUUAGUUACCCCUUUAACUGUAUAAAUUUUAAUUUGCUCCUUAUUGAAUUAAAAUUGUUUUUUUUUAAAUUUAAAAGAAUCUCUAUUUUUUAGAUUACUUCGGAUGGUUGAUUCCGUAGCUUUCUGUCGUCUCAAAGUCUCUGAAAGCAACUUCAUUAGGUGCAUCUUCCCAAGCUUUUGAUAGCUUAUAUAUUUUUAUAUAUAUAAAAAUUUGCAUGAUAUGAAAAUCGUUCGAUCUAGGAUGGGGUUAAUUUCCCCAAUUUUUAGGAAAUUUUACAGUCUAUCGUUCGAUCAAGGAUGGGGGGAGUUAGAAGAACAAGACAGAAUGCUUAAGGCUUCAAAAAAGGCCACAGAAAAAGAAAUCUCAAACCUGGAAACCAAAAAGAAAGGAACUGAAGACCAACUAGGAGUGAUUGAAAAAAAUAUCAUGAAGUUGCACCAGGAAACUCAAAAAUUGAUGGAAGAUAUCAUCAAUAAUUUAAGCGAGCAAACGACCAUUGAAAAAAGUGCUAAUAAUCUUUCCAAGCAGACUGACAGGAUAAAACAAGGAAUCAGGGAAAAAGAAGCAGAAAAAGAAGACGUCAAUAAUGACAUCAUCAGAGUCAAAAUGGAUGUCCUGCAUACUGAGCAAGGCCUUGGCAUGCUUAGAGAGAAAAAGGAUGAAAUCGAAAAAGAGCUGGCUGAAAAAGAUGAGCUUCUUAAAAGAUUCGAAAAAAAUAUCAGAAACAACCAUGACGAUUUAGAGAAAAAGCAGCUGCGAGUCGACAAACUUAAUAGAGAAUAUGCAAAUUUGACCAAAGAUAUCACAGACGAAAGCUCAGGACCUUAUGAAGCCAAACUCAACCACUUGGAACGCUCCAUCUUAGAAAAGGACACUGAAAUUAGCCGCCUUGAAAGGGAUUGGAUCUACUCCCAAACCCGUCUUGUUGAAAAGCAAAACGAAAUCCAGCAAAUAGAAAUCAAUAACUCUGACUAUAAAACCAAGCUCAUCAUUUUGGAGCAGCGCAAGCUGCGACUUAACAACCAUAUUGAAUCGAGCCAAAAAGAAAGAGACCAAGUUGAAAACAGUUUAAAGAGCUUGAGGAACUAUAUGAAUAGAAUCAAUAUUUUGCUUGACAAAAAUAGGGAAUCCUACCGAUCUAUUGAAGACGACAAUCGCCAUCUUGAAAAAGACUUCGUGGACAGACUAAAAGAGCUUGAAAGAGAAACAGCAGGCAUUGAAAAAGUAAUAGAGCAGCUUAAAAAAGAAAAAGAAGACGUCCUAUCUGAUAUUGUCGAAGCUGAGCGCCAAAUUUUGCUUUGGGAAAGAAAAAUCCAGCUUGAAAAAGAAAUGCAGAUGACAAUCGACCCUAAUGUUGGGCAAAAAGAAAUGGAAGAUAUGAAAAAAGAAAUCCAUAGAAUGGAGCUCAAACUUGAAAGUUUACGAAAAAGGCAAGAGCAACUGAUCAAAGAUAUGGAAAGAGCUGUCUCGAAGAGAGAAACCAUCCAGCUGAAAUACCAGCCACGAGUCGAAAAAAAUAAGAAGUCAGGAGCAUCCAUAGGCAAACAAGUCGCAAACCUUAAAAAUACUCUGAAACACACAACGCAAAAUUCUCAGCAAAUUGACGCUAGUAUUAAACAGAGAGAAGACGAGCUGCAACAGCUCGCACAGGAGUUGGAAAAUGCAGCAGAGUUUCAAAGCAAUGUAGAAGAAGACGUGCAACGAAACUCAGUUGAAGUAUGCUCAAUGAAAUUGGAAAAAAAUAAAAAUUUGUGGCUAAUUACGAAAUUCCAAACAGCUGCUAAGAGGCAUGAGGAAGCAGCAAGUGGGAAUUUCAAACUUUCUGGAAGGCCAGAUGCACUAGAACAGCAGCUGGAGAGUGAAGAAACUAAGUAUGCCACAAUAAGUGUUGUUCUUCAGCAAAUUGCAAGUGAGAACCCGCAGUUCCAGAUACUUUUUGAUAAGAUUUUAAAUUGGGAUUAA